AUGGCAUUUCAGAAAAUCCUGGCUUUUUUUGGCAUCCUUUUAGUUGCAAGAUUUUUCUGGGAUAGCACAUAACCAUACACGACUCGUAAUUUAUAUGUUCCACAAAAACAGUUUGUACAAACAAAAAUAACCCACGGUCAAAAGGUGGAAAUUUGGAAAUAUUAAGCGAUUGCAUACGCAUCUCUUUCAAUUUAACUACACAGAACAUGAUUCAAAUUUAAGACUCGAUCUUGUCGCCGACAAACAAGGAAGCCAGAACAUUAAGCACACAAAUAGAGCAAGUGGUUCCUGUAACAAAGUUUUCCUCUUUUUUCAGGGAGUAGCAAUAGCUGACGAUGACACACUGAUCAAAAGGGAUGUAAACGUUUAUCGUUCACACGUCAAGAUAACUGCGUACAAUUCACGUGGUUAUAAGGUACGUAUGAAAAGACAAAUAUCUUUUCUUUUAAUUUAUAACUGUAAAUCUAGAGAAAAAACCAGCUAAAAUGCGACUCAGUUUUGCAGAUCAUAAGAAAUAUCAUCUGCAUUAGAAAUUUUCCGCAGAGUAGACAUUGAAGGCUCAGUUUUCUUUAAGUGUAUAUUGAUAAGAAAGACUUAUUUUUUUCUUUCUUCUGGGUUAAGGUCGUCGCCACCAACGAAACUGAACAGAAGCCAGAUUCAUUCCGUCCAACUUCCUGCGUUGAUUAUCUUCGCCGUGGGAUCUCUGAAAGUGGCAUCUACAAAAUUUACGACCAGAGUGGAAAGAGUUACACCACUUACUGUGACAUGAAGUCCGAAUUAGACACAGCAUGGACUAUGGUCAUGUCAUGGUGUACCACAAAUCGAAAGCUCCCAGCGUUUGUGAAAAUACCCUUCAAGCACAACUCCCCACAAAACGAGGACGCCCUCAACUGGGAUCUUUACCGCUUAAGUCUGGCGCGAAUGAGAUUCUUACAGGGCCAGUCGACUCACUGGCGAGCAACAUGCAGCUACCCAAUAAAAGGUAUCGAUUUUAGAGACUACCUUCGGGGAAACUUCAAAGACUUCAACAUCUUUGAUUUCACUGGAGAAGGCAAGUGCAAGAAAGUGGAAUACGUCAACAUCCGGGGACACGUGGGCACGGAUCUGACGGCACCUUUCUGGCAGAGUCUUAAUAAAUUUACUCUGCAUAUUAACAGUCCAUCCACUAACUGUCAGUUUAAGGCGGCGAGCUCUGGUGCAGUGUCAAGUGAAGACAACUUUGGUUGGUAUGGAGAUGGCCUCAGCACUAAAUUCCGAUGCACGGAAACAGCCGAAUCCACCACCCAGUAUUGGUUUGGUGCUCACCGCUAA